AGAGGAGAUGCAGUAUGGAGAAUGCAUGUGCUUAAAAGAGAUUUGAGUAGCGAGGGAGAGCUGAGAAGCAAAGAAAGAACUGAAGCAAGAGUGGGAGCUAAAAACCGAGAGAGAGAGAGAGAGAGAGAGAGAGAGAGAGAGAGAGAGAGAGAGAGAGAGAGAGAGAAUCAGAGCCUAGCCGAACCAUGAGUCUGUCUCGAUCUGUCGCCUCUUGGAUCUGUCUGAGCACAGCUGUCAGGCUGCUGUUGACUCACGAGUGGAUCUUCUUGCUGCAUGACGGAGCGCCUGAGUGUUGUAGUUCGCACCAGAGUUUCCUCGCGUCUUUGCAUUCAGCUGCUCAUAGUACUGCUGCACAUGACUGAAGGGUUGACCAGCUUCGCUUUGGACUGGACUCAACACCCAUGGUCCCCAGCCAACUCUGGCAUACCCUCUCAUUAAGAUGGGAAAUGCCUCUGAAAUAUUCCUGUUCGUGUCCAGAAUAUCGAAAAACAAUGACUUCGUUAUGGGAACUCUCUACACCAUUUUUGGUGUGCUGUCUGUGCUGGGAAACGGGAUCCUGCUGUUUGUGGCUUAUAGAAAAAAGUCCUCCCUGAAACCAGCAGAACUCUUUGUUGUGAAUCUGGCCAUCAGUGACCUGAGCAUGACGAUAACUCUGUUUCCACUGGCCAUUCCUUCAGCCUUUGCUCACAAGUGGUUGUUUAACAUGACCGCCUGCACUGUUUAUGCCUUCUGUGGUGUUUUAUUCGGCCUGUGCAGUCUGACCAACCUCACGGUGCUUUCCUGUGUCUGCUGGCUCAAGGUCUGCUGUCCGAACUACGGUAACAAGUUCUCCUACUACCAUGCCGGCCUGCUGGUUGCUGUCAUCUGGUGCUACGCUUUAGUGUUUGCUGUAGGUCCGCUGUCGGGCUGGGGAGAGUAUGGGGCCGAGCCUUACGGGACAGCGUGCUGCAUCAACUGGCAUGCUCUGAGCCAAAAUUCUGCAUCUAUGAGCUACAUCAUCUGCCUCUUCUUCUUCUGUUACAUCAUACCCUGUACCGUCAUCUUUCUGUCCUACACGUUCAUCUUGCUGACUGUGCGGGGCUCCCGUCAGGCUGUGCAGCAGCAUAUGUCGCCUCAGAACAAGAUCACCAAUGCACAUGCACUUAUUGUUAAGCUUUCAGUGGCAGUUUGCAUCGGCUUCCUGACAGCAUGGAGUCCAUACGCGAUAGUCUCCAUGUGGGCAACGUUUGGUAACCCAGCAAAAGUGCCACCCAUGGCUUUUGCACUGGCAGCUAUCUUUGCUAAAUCCUCCACUCUAUACAACCCUAUUGUCUAUUUAGCCUUCAAGCCCAAUUUCCGCAAGUCACUGUGCCGAGAUAUAGCCCACUGUAGGAGAAUGUGCUGUGGAUGUUUGUGCCAACACAGUUCUGCCCAGAAGGGAUUGUGCAAGCAAUCUCAUCAUGCUGAAGAGUGCAACUCUACAAGGUUGUCCAAUGGGCUACCAGAGAACCACGAGACCUGCAAACACUGUUCUUACACUGAAAUGGCCACUGGUGCCAGAGAAAAYUUUACAGAUUACAGCCCCCAGCAGACAGCCAGGAUACUGAAAGGAUCUGGGCACACUGAAGUGGCUGUCAGUCAACUCUCCAGUGAGUUACAGAGUGACUUUCUUUAGAGGAAAAAAAUGAAAACACUCUGCAGAAAACAAGUUAUGAAUGGGGAAAAUUGUAACAAGAAUGAAAAUUAUAAAGAACUUGCUGCAAGGAUGGUAAAAACAAAAGGAUAAAGACUUGCAGACUAAGAAUACAUGGAGAUUGCGAUUCUUUAAAUUGUCUCAUGCCUCAAAUAUGUAAUACUGCCAAAAUAAAGCAAAGAAAUACAAAGAAAAUAUGACCACAUAGUUAAAUGGAGUAGCAAUACAUAAUACAGCACAGUAGCCUACUUACAAAGUACAUUCAUGUUACUUACAGGGGAACGUACAAUGUUUUUACAUAGCCAUGUAACUAACUACCCUGUAAUUAUCCAGUAUGAACCCAAUAACUACCCUGUAUUGUGCAAGUACCUCAAUAAAUACCAGGUAUGUACCCCAUAGGUACCAUACUGUAAUAUGCUUUGCUACUUUAAAUGCCAACACAAGAGAUUAAGGAAGCUAAGCAGUCCACAGUGUAGAAAUAAAUGUUUGUCAGGUCACAUUAAACUUCAGUAACUCUUGUUUCACCCUGAACAACUAACACAAAGCAAAUACAACUGAGACUUAAUGCAAAUCAGUUAACGCUGGAUUCAGAGGAAAGAAAAUCAAGACUGAAACUUUCUACUUGGUAAUCCACCUUUUUUCUGUUUUUUACAAGUUCUGUACUUUUGAUGUAUUUGAAYUGAUUUAUGCAUGCAUCAAUUUGAAGGACAACAGGGUUGCUGUUUUUUUAAACAGGAAAAAGUGUUUUGCCCUUAAUGCUAAGAGUAACACAAAAUGUUUUUGAGGGUAACUUACCAAAAGCGUGUUGAACUCUGUAUUUAUUUAUUAACUCUGAGCUGAAUGAUGUUUUAUCUGAAUUAAAAUGAAGACACUGCUCAGAGGGCUGCACUGAGCUGUUUGCAGAGAAGAGAUGCGAAUGUUAGUGUUGGUUUUAACUAGACCCUUGAAACUCUUUCGAUGGUUGAAUUUAUUCUUUUUUAAAUUAUUUUACCAGGUAAAUGCAACAGUUGCAAGGGAGGAAGGCAAGCUAAGCUGCAUGUUUUUGACCUGUGGGGCAAAACCCACAAAAACAUGAGUCGAACAUGCAAACUCCAAACAGAAAGACCGGGAAUCUGAGCCCACAACCUUCUUCCUGCAGGCAUUUCUAACCACUAACUGACAAGUUGUGUAUUGUCUGCAUAACAUGGACCUGGUGUUCUGCAUUAAUAUUUGGCAUAAAAAAAUCAGGCAUAUCAAAUCUAAUCCUAGAGGUUGUUUAUUUUUUUCUCCUCCUUAUACUUUGAACUGUUUUCACACAAUGUCAAUCCAGUCUUAUUUUUAACCCCAUGACAAUUUUCCCAUACCCAGAUCUGGUGUUGUUAUUGUUAUUCAUAAAUUUUGAAAGUAAUCAGAAAACAAAUUAUGACAAAAGGAAAAAUGCGACUGAACAGCUGUAUUCUUGUCAAGUCAAACAGCAUUAUUAUUAUUAUUAUUAUUAUUAUUCUUUGAGCGCUCUUAUAAACUCGGCCCAGACUAGUGAAGAUCAAAUGUGAUUCCUUUAACGCUGAGCUUUGAAAUGAAAUAAACAAAGCCUCAGGCUGUCUGUAGGUUGAGGUUAUUGUGGAUGACAUGUAGUUGUAUGUGAAAACUUCACCGACGUAAAAAGAAGCAUUUGCAGAGACGAACAGGCCUUUUUUUAGGAGGCGUUUGUAACAAUGGUGUCACCUUUUUCUUUUAGUCUCCUGUAUAUUUUAGACAAUUUAAACUUUAAUGGUGAAAAAGGCUGCAGCUCAUUGCUUUUUUCUUAUAUAACAUCCAAGAUUAAACGAAAAGAAUUAACAAGUAUAGAAGCUAUGAAAGUUUUGGUAUGAUAAUUAUUUUACAGAA